CAUAUACACAGCCACACCAGCGGCAACCAUCUGGGUCAGUGAGUCACGCGCACAGUUGCGAAAGGGCGUGCGGCGACACGACGACAAUAUGACGACCGUCUCCGAAAUUCUGUCCUACGACAAGUCGGCCCAAGACGAUUUUUACGCCCUGUUGGGAUGCGAUCUGACGUCUACGGUGGAGCAAAUAAAUGCAGAGUUCAAAGUGAGAGCUCUGCAAUAUCAUCCUGACAAAAACGCCGGUGACAAAACGUCCGAGGAGAUAUUUCAGAAACUCAAUGAAGCAAAAGAAACACUUUGCGAUCCAGAGAAACGGGCCACUUACGAUAAAUGGAAGAACAGCGGUGUGGCGGUCAGCUACAAAACAUGGCUGAACAACAAAGAACACUUUCAACAGUCCAUGCACUGGGCCAACAUGAAAACCAAAGACAGGAUGUUGCCUGGCGGAGAAGGGCCGUCUUCGGGGUCGGUUGCUUCCAGGAGAGCGUCCGAAGGCGGAGUGAACUUGGGCGCCAGCAACGUCAAAUGGGACGCAAAAUCAAACGCUGACAUCAUCAACAAGUUCCGCAAUUAUGAAAUAUAAUACCUACCUAUUGCGCGAUUAACGUUUUCGAAACAUUCCUUCGUUUUCCAAAUUACUUUUAUCGUUCGAAUGCCGUCAAAAAUAUAUAAGAUCAUCCUAUCUGAAACAAUAUAAAAAGCUAUACCCCCUGCCCUACCGGGUCAAAAGACGACUCCCCACCUACGGCUAUACUAUAUCACAUUUGUCGAUGAACAUGUUAUACAUAUUAUUUAAUUAAAGCGACGCACAACUGUUACCUAUCACGUCUGUUUUUAAAAGGGUAUACACUAUAAACAAUAUAAUUAUUAUACGUUUUGGGGUAAAAUCAGGGAUUUUUUUUUUUUUUAGUUUACCUUUGGGUUAACCUACCUUCGAAUUUAUUAGAUUUUCGAAUGAAUCUACGUUUACACCAGUAGUUAUCACUUAUCGUCUAGUCAUUAUAAUAAUUUUUUUUUUCACGUAACUGAAUAUUAUUGCGUUUAUUUUUGGAUCCUAUCACCAGCACAAGAUAUCACAUUUUACAAUCAUUAAUCUGUUAAGCAAUCAUUUUUAAUAUAAAUUUAAGUAGGUACCUGUUCAUUAACAAAUCGUAGUUCGUAGUUGUUUUAAUGUUAAAAAUGUACCUAUGUAGUUUUUAAAUCACAAUAUUGUCAAAUCAAAAAUCAAGCAAUACAAUGUUUAACUAUGUCGAACAACAGUUUAGAGUUAGUUCAAUUACGUGAUUUUUUAAUUUAUUAAAAAAAAAACUAUUUUAAA